AUGCCCGUCUUCCAAUAUUCUCCUCUGGAUCAGGGGCCUUUCAGCACUCGCAUACUUCGUCUGCUCCCAAGCAAGGACAGAGCCGCUCCGAUCGCAUGCCAGCUUUCCAAUUAUUCUCUUCUGGACGAUACUGCCCAAGAGUAUGACGCCCUCUCAUACGUAUGGGGAGAUAAGGCGGACGGACAGCUUCGAGGCCCUAAUUUUGAACGGACAUUAUGGGUCGACGCAAUUUGCAUCGACCAGAACAACAUGAGGGAGAAAGAGAAGCAAAUCCAAAACAUGGCGCGCAUGUAUGAGCAGGCUAGCCAGGUGAUGGUGUGGUUGGGCGAGGAGGCGGAUAAUAGUACUCGGGCUUUAGAAGCUAUUCGUGAAGCGGCAGAGGGAGUGUUUGCUGGAGAACUUUUUAAUCUGCCAUCAGACAGCAUCCCCAUUGAGGGGGUCAAAAGUCUGUUCCAGCGGACAUGGUUUUAUCGCAUAAUGAGCGGUUACACAUUUGCCACGGGCAUUCAAGCAUGGGGCUCGUAUGCUGGCCCUAGUGUUUUGAGUACAACACAUCUGAUCCGUGGAGCAAUCUUUCGACCUCAGUAUGCAACGCAUUCAAUGAAGAAGCUCUCUCUGUCCGAAUUGGUUGAUAUGCAUCAUACGAACGAGGCCACUAUUCUGCAUGAUAAAAUCUAUGCUUUACUGGGACUGAGUUCUGAUGCUCAUAAAGCACCCGGUCUGUUACCCAAUUAUCAGGUGCCCUGGGAGCAGCUCUUUCAACGGUUAAUCUGGUUCUUUUUGGAUGAACACGUAAAAGUGAAGACCUGGCCUGGUAGGGAAAUUGCAAGCAUACAAAGCAGUGGAUGGAUCCUGGGGCUCAUUGUCACCGCGGAAGAAACGCACACAAAGACCUUUUUGCAAGUGCUUCUGACUGGGCAGGCUAAUGUGGACUACAAGAAAGCGUGGAAAGUAAGAUGGACCAUCGGGAAAUCAGUGGAACCGAUCAAGCAAUAUGACAUUGUAUGCCUCCUGCAGGGAGUUUCAGAUCCAUCCAUCAUCAGGUACUCGGAUGGUUGUUUCAGAGUGAUCGUGCUAAGGGCCGUUCUUCAGAAGACAGACGUGGCAGGAAAUGCAGAUCUCGAGAAAAUACGGUCCGAGAAAAAUCGUCCGGCUCUCAACUUCCACCUUGUUUGGGGCUGGAAAGAGCAGUUGUUACCUUCCUUAGAUAUACUCGACUUGGCAGCAGAGGCUGUUGGAACGAAGUCGGCAAUUGAGAAGGUUCUGUGGGACACUAAUGUGGCAAUGCACGAGACAGCAUGCAAUUGUAAAAAUAUUUACUGGCAAGCCAUGCUUGCAACCGAAGACAUUCUCCGGCUAUUCACAGAACGACUUGGAUUUCAACAUCCAAAGACAUGGUUGGCCUUUUACAGCUUGGCGCUCUUGUACUCCAAGGGAAAUAUUGGCGACAAGAGAAUACCACUCCUGAAGUUCGAUCGAACUAAGGCAAGAGAUAUAUUGCGGGGGAGGUGCGGUAUCCAACAUCGUUUGCAAAAGGAUUUGGCGUUGUUGGUGGGACGUAAUUACUGUCACCGGAUGUACAUCGAUGAACCGGAUUUUAUUUCUGGCAGCAUGGAGGUUCCCGAGCACAUGAAGCUCCAACGAGCAUUGAAGGAUCUGCUACGUGAGAUUAAGCACAGGCCCACAAUGAAGCUCAAUCCAUUGUUUUGA